GGGUUCCCCAGCAUGGCUGCCUCCAGCAAGGACUUUUGAAUGUUUUCUCCCUUCUGCUGUGGCCUUGUCUUUCCAAAUCUCCAGUGCAGAAAUGGACAGCACCGGUCAAAACAAUCUGAAACGGAAUAAAUCUGAGAAGAAAUUAUUGAGGAAACAGAUCAAGGCCAGAAACACAUUAAUGAGACAUGAGGGCAUCGAGUGUGUAUCUCACACCACCCAGAACUUGGUCGUUGCCAAUGGAGGUCUGGGUAAUGGUGUGAAUAGACACCAACUGCUCAGCCUAGUAGAGGAAUGUGGAUUGGUGGAAGCACUCUUAAUGCCUCCAAAUAAACCCUAUUCAGUUGUGAAAUAUGGGUCUAAAGAAGAAGCCAAGAAAGCCUACGACACUCUCAAUGGGAAAGAGAUAAUGCUGGAGGACUCCAACCAAAAUGUUACUCUGUAUGUUAACUUUGUGGAAAAAGUGCAUUGGGAAGACAUUAUACCUAUUAGCUUGCCUCCAGGCCUGAUGAUGGUUGAAGAGCUUGUGUCUCCUGAAGAAGAACAAAAGAUGAAAUUCUUCAAAAUGUUCUUGCUCGUGUUGAGCCAGGAAAUGAAACUGAAGCAAACAGAACCCAAGACUAUGCAUGUGUAA